UUGGGCAUGCAGACUCUUAGAAAAUCGCAUUGGGCGGGUAGGGUUUCCCAGGUAUUGGCUCCAAAACACCGUAUUCGGCUCCCGAAUACGUCCAAGUGACCCGCCUCGUUCCUAGUUAAGCUCUAAUUAGAUCAAGUGACUCACAAGGAGCGAAAAAGCGACAAAAAGCAUGAAUUUCCCUAUGGCGGCGGGCUGCCGGGUUGCCAGACGGCGCACCGGCUAUUUCCAAGGCCAUCUAUAGAGCUAUUUCCACUUUUGACACAUCAUGAGCUGUGCGCGUAUUUGACAAUUGUGACACCUACCGAAGCCAAUGCUUUUGGCCAAUGCUUGAUUAGAUUGUUUGUUUUGAAGUGAUACCUGCGAGAGAUAAAUAGGUCCUACGUAAGUUUUUCAGGCAUUGGCCUGAUGGUCUUUUUGUCUGAUCUCUGACCAUAUCUUACCUGACUCUGGAUCCUCGGAACAAGGUCUGCAUGAUGUCUGCUAGUUUGAGCCGCUGUCUCAUGGCAGCUGUUCAGCUUCACCUUCAGCACAGGGCCCUCAGACUGUUGUCAUGUGCUGGAUCAAGCCAGUCAAAUUUGCUAGCUAAAUAUGGCCCUUAUACCAAUUGGUCAUGGAGAAGAUGGAAGACUACUAAUUCUAAAAUUCCUCAGAAGUCUGGAGGAUCAGCAGAUGAAUCCAAAUCAGAGCUUCCCCACGUGAACGUGGGCACCAUCGGUCACGUAGACCACGGCAAGACGACGCUGACAGCGGCCAUUACACGCGUGCUGGGCGCGCACCAGCAGAGUGAGUACGUGCCGUUCGACCAGAUCGACCGCGCGCCGGAGGAGCGACGGCGGGGUGUCACCAUCAACGCGGCACACGUGCAGUACAGCAGCGGGCGCCGCCACUACGCGCACACAGACUGCCCCGGACACGCCGACUAUGUGAAAAACAUGAUCUGUGGCACGUCUCAGAUGGACGGCGCCAUCCUUGUGGUGGCUGCCAACGACGGUCAGAUGCCGCAGACGCGCGAGCAUCUUCUGCUGGCGCGGCAGAUCGGUGUUGAUAAAAUCGUCGUGUUUGUCAACAAGGCGGAUCUGGUGGACGAGGAGGUGCUGGAGCUGGUCGAGCUGGAGAUGCGAGAGCUGCUCGAUAAUUUCGGGUUUGACGGCUCGGCCACGCCGUUCGUGAUCGGCUCGGCGCUGCAGGCACUGAACGGCGGUGACGGGGAGCUCGGCGAACCCUCCAUCUGGCGGCUGGUGGAAGCGUUGGACGAGCACGUGCCUAUACCGGAGCGAGACCGAGCCGCGCCGUUCCUUAUGCCCGUCGAGAGCGGGUUCACCGUGCCCGGCCGCGGUACUGUGGUGGUCGGCACGCUCAAACAGGGCGUGCUGAAGCGCCGCGUGGACGCCGAGCUGGUCGGUUUCGACACUCGCAUCAAGACGGUCGCCACCGAUAUCCAGGUGUUCAAGAAGUCGGUGCCGCAGAUUGAAGCCGGCGAGCACGCGGGGAUACUUCUGCGCGGCGUCCCCGUGUCUGCGGUGAAGCGUGGCAUGUCUCUGACACCUCCCGGUGCGUUCGACACGUCUAACGUGCUGUGGGCGCGACUCUACCUCCUGGAGCGCAGCGAGGGCGGUCGCAGCAAACCCAUCACGUCCAGCUACGUGCAACAGCUGUUCUGCGAGACGUGGACAGUUGGCUGCCGGGUGAUGCUGCCUCCCGGGACGGAGAUGAUGCUGCCUGGAGACGCUGGCCGGGUCAGUCUGCUGCUGCCGCGGCAGAUGCUGGCGAGGCGCGGUCACCAUUUCACACUCCGCGAGAACGGAGUUACCGUGGCGACCGGCGUGAUCACGGGCGUGAGGCCACCAGUGCGGGUGCUCGGUGUGGACAAAUUGAUAGAGGUGACGCCGGAACAGAUUGACUUUGAGCCAGAUGAUUCGGCACCCAUCAGCUGAGGUAGAGAGUGGUGUGUGCAGUGUGAGAUGAGUGGAAAAAUACGCAUGGGGCGACAUCUGUUUCAGCGAUGGUGGUGCCACCUAGUCACUUUGACAUGGUGCGUGGGUAGUAGCCCUAGACCGCAUUGUGGACAAGAAAAGAACAGAUGAAUGAAUAAGUGAACAUCCAUGCUGCCGGUGACAAGGAUAGAGUCAUUGAUGUGUCAGUCUUUUGUGAAUCAUCCGAUAUUGAGCCGUUUUGAUGGAUGUGUACCGAAUUGUUCUUGUCAAUGAUGUUGCUUGUGGCUGUAAGACCGUAUCUGUCGAUCUUGGUCCCUUUCGAGGUAUAAUAUAUUAAUUGCCAACGGU